UAUCCUCUUCCGGUGGGUCUUGAUUGAUCUUUUGUGGAGCAAGAUGUCUUCGGCGGACGUGGAGGAUUUUAUUCAACAAAACCGAGAUGAAGCUGAGCGAGUGGAGACGUUUCGGGGUUAUUGGGAGAGCUGGAAACACUGGGAGCCCAGGAGGGAGUUUAUCCUGCGAAACAUGAGUGACUUUGAAAGCGGGCAGGUGGACCAUCUGCUCUCUCUGUCCAUGGUGUGGGCCAACAAUGUCUUCCUCGGCUGUCGGUACAGUUCUGAACUCCUGGAAAGGGUGAAAGCCAUGGCUGAAGGCAUUGUGGUGGAUGAAGCUCCCAUUUUCAAGACUAGAGAUGAGAUUAUGAAGAACCAACAGGGACGAUGAUGACUAGACACUUUUCAUCCUCUCAUCUGCUCAGACCUGGGUUUAUUGUGGUUUUUUAAAAGGUCUUAUAUUGGAUUUUAAAACUUUAUAAGCAGUAUUGCUUUUUAAAUGUAGAUAAAUUCACUAUUUUUGUAAUUCAUUUUAAAAUGUGAUCUUUUUUUAUAUACAAACUUGCAUAGAAUCAGUGGAUGUUAUGUUUGCCUUAUAAUAAACAUGUUUUCUCAAAUGA